GUUGCUUUUUUUUCUUUUUCUUUUUAAAAGAUGUCAGGUAGAAAGUUGAAUCCGUUUAAACUGAUCGCACUGAAGUAAAUUUGUUUAAUAGCAUGAUUUGAAAAUGCAGGGCACAACUGAAAUUACUAUUUCAACUGACAGAGUUUUUUUAAGUCAUAUUAUAUUUAGUUUUGUUUUCAAAUCUGUCGUGAAGUUAAAUAACUAAGACUUCGAAUGAAAAUGUCUUGUAGUUUCGUUCCUACCCUUACUGAAGCAAAAUUUGAAAUAACUCCAGGAAGAUGGGUUGGUGCAAAAAAUCCUUGUUUCAUUAUUGCUGAAAUUGGACAGAAUCAUCAGGGUGAUAUUGAAACAGCUAAACGCCUUAUUCAAGCUGCUUAUGAUGCUGGUGUAGAUUGUGUGAAAUUCCAAAAGUCUAACCUUAAAAGUAGAUUUACAAAAGAAGUUUUGAAGAGACCUUAUCUCAGUCAGAAUUCAUGGGGAAAAACAUAUGGAGAACACAGAAGGCAUUUAAACUUCACAGAUAAAGACUUUUCUAAGUUACACCAGUAUGCUAAUAAUCUAGGAUUGUGUUUUGCUGCGUCAGGAAUGGAUAAACCAUCCAUUGAUUUCUUAGAUGAAAUAAAAGUCCCUUUCUUUAAAAUUGGCUCGGCUGAUUGCACAAACUUACCUUUACUUCGACAUGCUUCAAAAUACAAAAAACCUCUUGUUAUUUCCACUGGAAUGGCUGCUAAGGAAGAUGUUUGUAAAGUAUAUUCUGAUGUAAUCAAAGUCAACAAAUCUAUUGCUAUUUUGCAAUGUACAAGUUGCUAUCCCACUCCUCCUUCUAAUGUAAAUCUUAAUGUAAUAAAGGAUUAUCAGAAAUUAUUUCCGCAAGCCGUGAUCGGGUAUUCUGGUCAUGAAGUAGGAAUUGGAAUAAGUCUUGCUGCUGUUACUUUGGGAGCUAAAAUAUUGGAGCGCCAUAUUACACUUAAUCACUCAUUAAAAGGAAGUGAUCAUGCUGCAUCCUUAGAACCAUCAGAAAUCAGACAUUUAGUCUGUGAAGUUAAGAGGAUAGAAGAAGCCAUGGGAUCUUCUACUAAACAAGUGCAGGAGUGUGAAGUUUCUUGUCAUGAGAAAUUGGGUAAAACCAUUGUUACUACAAAGCAUCUUAAAAGUGGAACCAUUCUGGAAGAGGAUAUGAUUGAAGUUAAAGUUGCGAGCAAUAAAGGUUAUGAUCCCAUUAACUUUUAUGACUUGAUAGGGAAAGAACUAAAACAAGAUAUGUCAGAAGAACAAACUAUUAUGCCUGAUGACCUUAUAUAAUAGUUUCUGUGAUUAUUUUUGCUGGAAAAGGGCCAGGUGCUUUGUUCAGUGGUGCCAAUUUCAAUAUAUUGCAUUUGAUUUGAAUAUUUUUUAAACCUUGUAAGAAUUAUUAUAAGCUCAAUCAAGAACAUGCAUGACAGAUGCUUUUUUUUAAUUCAGAUUUUAAUUUUUUGUUAUAGUACUUAAUUUUAUUUUUUAUCAAACACAUUUUUAAUGGGAUAAGAUUUGCCAUGUAGUGUGGUUGCUAACUAUUAGCAAAAUUUUAAAUUAAUUUUAGCAGUGCUAUGUUAUUAAGCAAAUAACAAGAGCAAUGAAAAAUUAUCAACAGUUUUUACGAGCUAUUUCUAUUUAUCUAAUAUUUUACCUUCGAAUGAUCUUUCAUUGUAUAUUAAUUAUAUAAGUUUUCUUUUAAACUUUAGGUAGUAAUAUUGUUAGAAAGGUAUUUUUUUAAAACUUAUAUGCAUUUGUUUAAAUUUUUUAAUUAAAUGGCAAAUUGUUUUAAAAUCAAAAGCUUAAAAAUCCAUAUGAAAUAAUUUUGAUAUUUUUACGCUGUGCAAGUAUUAACUUUUCAAUGCGAGAACUAAACUGAUAUUAUUAAUAUUUUAAUUUAAGGUUCAAAUACUCUAAAAUGGGGUGAAUCAUUGUAAUUUGUAAUUUCCAAAGCAUGAUAUUUAUAUAAAAGGAUCUUUUUCUAUGAAUAUCUAGGUUAGAGUCGGAAGUCUCAUAUUAAGGCAAAACGAAAGGGAUACCUUAUAUUUUUUUAAAUUUCUCACUGUUUUUCAAAUUAUUGAUCUGAAUAUUUAAUGCAACUUGUGUUUGUUUUUUGAAACAUUUAAAAGAAAACUGGAAAUUAAUAAUAAUGUAAAGCUAUAAAUAAGAAUACACUUUAAAAGCAAGUAUUGUUAUAAAAGUACAUUUUUGUCGAACAUACUUAUUUCCAUAUAAAAUAAUUAUCAAAUUUAAAAAAAAUUAGAUUAUGAGAUUAAUUUUGAGUAAUACAGUGUAAUUUAAUACAAUGCACUCCCGAUUAUCUGGGUUUAUGACCUUGAUGGGUCGCACGGACAAUAAAAAAGCACGGAUAAUUUGAAAACUCCUUUUUUUAAAGAAAAAAAUCAACAUCAGUACAAUAAAUAUAAAAAUCACAUUUGCAUGCUGUAUAACAUCAAACUAUGAAUUUUCCUUUUAACAUUUAUUGCUUAAAAGAAUGUGAAAUGCAUCUUUGCUUCUGCUGUUCGUUCACCUGUUGCCGUAUAUUGACACAUAUUUUACGAACCACAGCAAUGUCACCAUAAUCAAGUAAUUGUUCUCCCAUAUAAUCUAAUAAAAUUUCCACAGAUUGUAGAGCAGCAGAAUGAAAAAUAGUAUUUCCCUCAUUUGCUACAUCUUCUGCAUCAAUACUAUCAUCACUAUUUAAUUUAACAAGACAGUUAGUAGCAAUGUCAUCAUCUGUCAAAUACUGGAAGCCAGGCUCACAUGCAUCACUUUGAAAGCGAUCUUCUAAAUUUUCUUCAUCAAGAAUUUCGUGACCUUCGAUUUCUUUUGCUUGUUCAAGAAUACUGUUAUCAUAUUCUUGAAUAUCUGAAGAAGAUUGUUCAUCAAGUGGUAUGAUCUUUCUCCAUGAUCGUGACAGCGGAGACAAUUUUACCUUCUACCAUGCUGCUGAUAUUCCAUAUACUGCAUCCAAUAAGGAAUAUUGCUUCCAAAAAUUUGGUAGUGUUCUAACUUCAUGAAUCAAAUUUUUCAAAAGUUCAGAUCUGUAGAGCCAUUUCAUUGCUGAAAUUACACCUUGAUCCAUAGGCUGUAUCGCUGCUGUAACAUUUGGAGGGGGAAAUUUACCGGUAAUCAAUAAGUUAUCAGAAGCUAGCAAACUUUCAUUUGGAUGUGAAGAGGCAUUGUCUAAAAGCAAUACUGCCUUUUGGGAUAAGCCUUUUGCUUGUAAGUGUUUCCUGACUUCAAGAACAAAAUGUUUAUGGAAGCAUCGGACAAAAAUGUCCCUUGUCAUCCAUGCCUCCUUUUGAUUGAAAUAAACUGUAGGUAAUUUUUUGAUUCUGUACCCUUAAGCGAGUGGGGGUUCUUAGCCUUUCCGAUCAUUACGAGUUUCAUUUUAUGGCUCUCUAAAGCAUUUCUACAGCACAUGAUGGUAAUGCGCUCUUUGGACAAUUUGUGGCCUGGAACUGACUUUACUGCCCUUGAAGCAAGUGUUUUUGUUGGGAGACAUUUCCAAUACAAUCCUGUCUCAUCGGUAUUAUAAAUUUGAUCGAGAAUCACGUUUUCUUCAUCAAUAAAUUCUUUAAAUUUCACACAAAACAAUUCUGCAGCAGUCACAUCCACACUUAGACGUUCCCCUUCAACAUUUAACUGCCGAAUUUUAUAGCGUUGCUUGAAUCGAGUGAGCCAACUAGAUGAAGCAUUUAAAAUCUCCUUCUAAUCCUAGUGCUUCAUGAAAAAAUCUCACUUUUUCGGAACACAUGGCACCCAAAAUAGGUAUACCUUCUGCUUUUUAUUGAUUGAACCACUGUAAAGCAGAAUCUAGAUCUUUGUAUGUUGACGUUUUCAAACUUUUCCGUUUCGAAAGUGCAAAUUCGUCAUUACAAUCUCUCAUGAAGGUAAUGAGUUUUUCUUCGUUCUUUUUUAUAUUGUGUACAGUUUAUACUCCAAUUUCAUAAUCCUUUGCUAAUUUGCUAGCUGAUUCUCUAGUAUCAAGUUUUUGAAGGAUUUCUAAUUUUUGUUUAACAUUUAGAACAUUUCACUUUCAUUUCACACCAUUCAUUUUUACUAGUAAGGAAUUUUACGCUACUAACUGACGGUAAACAAGACGCACAUACUAAACGAACACAUGUAAAAAUGAGAGAGGACAGCUGAACAACAUUCCGAUCCCUCUCAUCUCCUUCAACCCUACCACGUCAAACAGGUUUCAUAGCUUUUGAUUUGACCUCUAUGCACUUCACAAUACUAUUGUAGCGAUUAUUAUCAAUAAAAACAUUCAUUCUGCUUAGUUUCAUAUCCUGUUAAUAGAUGUCAUGUCGUGACUAUACUGCAAAACUGAUUUGACAAGAUUCUACAUCAACAAGAUUCAAUAUAGAUUUUACAUGCAUGAUAAUCUUGAAAAUGUUUCUCUAUAAAUGUUUUUGUGACUGUGGAAUGAGCAUGGAUAAUCCGCACACUGGAUAAUCCGCACACCCGAUAAUCCGCACACGGAUAAUCGUGAGUGUACUGUAUAUAUAUUAAAUUAAAUAUUCAUACUUAUUGGGAAAUGUUUUUGUUUUUGUUGUAAGUUUCAUUCUGAUUCAUCCCAUUCAUUCUAUUGUUUCAUGCUAUUGUUUCAUUCUAUUGUAUUGAUUGUUCAUUCUAUUCAACAGUAUCACAUUAGUUUUUUAUUUGCCAUUUACGAAAUAUUUUCAUGUCAAGUAUCAAUUAUUUUGGCUGUAGCACUACAUGUAAAUAACAGUUUAUGGCUUUCAAAUAUUAAAAAGAAAUUCUAAUAUAUUAAAUGGCCAAGAAACUUUUUCACUAUUUAGCUGUAAAUUAAGCAAUUUCCUUUCAUUCCAGACCCAACUUUAAAUCUUUCACAUUUUAAUAAAGUUUUUAAGUUAUUAAUAAUAUUUAAAUCAUAUUAUUAUAAUAAUAUUUAAAUCACAUUAUUAAUAAUAUUUAAAUCAUAUUUUACAUAAUCACUUAAUUGUUGAGAUAUUACUUAUCAAAAGUGAACAAGUUCAUGCUAAGAAUUUUCAAGAAUAUCUUCAUCAAAACCCAAAGAAUAGUUAUGCGACUGGAUUUUAAAGAUUAAAUUACAAAGUUAGGCAAAAGAAAAAACAUUUUGAAUUUUGCAAAAUUAAAUUUUCUAGAUAAAUUUUUAUAAUUCAUAUUUUUUUUUUAUUAUUUUUUAUUUUUGACUUGCUUACUUUGAUUAGAAUAAAUUUAAUUUGAUUUUAUAAGAAUGAUAUUGUAUGUAGAAUAAUUAUAUUUCGCCAGUCUAGUCAUGUGUUUGUUGUUAGCUAUUAUAUCAUAAUUUAUUAUUUAUUUUAAUAAAGCAAUAAUUUGAUAAUCUGUAAUUUCAUUUGAGAAGCUGGAUCCCUGGUAGCCGAAUCCCUCUAGUACGUCAGUGAGCGCAAGUAAGAGAAAUUGCUUAGACUAAUUUUUUUAAAAAUCUGUUAACUAUUUUCUAAUAAAAAUUAAAGGAGAGAACACUAUAAAGAACAAUAAGUAACGAUAUUUUUUCUUUUAGUUACUUGAUUACAUGCUUAACUGUAAAAAGAUUUAUUCCAUUUUAUAUUUCUAGCAUCAAUUUCAAAAUUUAUACAACACCGGAUCUGUAUUUAUAAUUUUUUAGGACCUUUUUUUUCAAAAUUUUCUGUAUGUAUGUUAGCAUAAGCUGGAGUUUUGCAAUAAUCUUUAUUUGACUGUAUUGCUGUCAAAUUUGGUUUUAUGAAGAUAGUGCUGCAUAUUCACUCCAUAAAUUCUGCUACCAGGGCUGUAUCUCUAUUGAGAUUGAGUUCCAAUUGUGGCUUUGUUUUUAACAGGUAUAUGUGUAUAUUUAAUAAAUAUAUUAACUAUU